AGAUGGUUCAAGAUCACAAUUCCCUAUGGAAGAAAGUAUGACAAGACUUGGCUGAUAGAUUCCAUCCAGAGCCGUUGUAGUAUCCCCUUCAUUCCAGUGGAGUUUCACUAUGCGCAAAACAGGGCCCAGUUCUUUGUCCAAGAUGCUAGUGCUGCUUCUGCAUUGAAGGAUGUCAGCUAUAAAAUUUAUGAUGAGGAGAACAAAAAGAUACCUAUCUUUGUCAGUACUUCUGUACCCUACUCUGUGCAGGAUAAACUGAAGCCAGAAGAAAUGGAGCAGCUAAAGCUGACCAUGAACAAACGAUACGAUGUGUCCCACAAAGCUCUUGACCUCCAGAGUCUCCGCUAUGACCCAGGCUUUGCCCAUCUUCAUAUUAAUAUAAUCCUGAAUCGGAGAAGCUGCAUGGCUGCCACCCUGCAGAUCAUCGAAAAGAAUUUCCCUGAGCUGUUGUCCUUGAACUUGCACAACAACAGACUGUACCAGCUGGAUGGCCUGUCUGAUAUUAUACAGAUGGCCCCCACAAUCAAGAUCCUGAACCUCUCCAAAAACGAGCUGAAAUCCACCUGGGAGUUGGACAAGAUCAAAGGCCUGAAGCUUGAAGAGCUGUGGCUGGAAGAUAACCCCUUGUGCCACACCUUCCCAGACCAAUCCAUGUACAUCAGCGCCAUCAGGAAAUGUUUCCCCAAGUUGUUACGUUUGGAUGGCCAGGAUUUACCCCCACCAACUACUGUUAACAUUGACAGACCCUACAUAAGCAAGCCCUUGAAGGAAAGCUGUAAUGGAUCUGAUGUUCUGAAGACUCAAGUCCUGCAAUUCUUACAGCAAUAUUACUUGAUCUAUGACUCUGGAGACAGACAGCGUCUCCUUGGUGCUUAUCACGAUGAAGCCUGCUUCUCCCUGACCAUUCCCUUCAUCUGGGACAACCCAGCCAUAAGCAGCUUGUUUGAGUACUUCAAGGAUAACAUAAAUAUGGAGAUCCUCAAGGACCCCAACCUGCAUUUUCAGCUGCUGAAAUAUACAAAACAUGACAUCGUGAGCUCCCUCUGUGCAUUGCCGAAAACUCAUCAUGACCUCAGCUCCUUCCUGGUGGACGUUUGGUUCCAGUCGGAAAGGAUUCUCUGCUUUUGUGUCAGUGGGGUGUUCAGGGAAGUGGAUGGAAGGUCUCAGGGUACUCUUCGUGCUUUCACUCGGACCUUCAUCGUUACUCCUGCCAGCAAUUCCAGUAUAUUCAUCGUGAAUGAUGAGCUGUUUGUGAGGGACGCCACACCCAGUGAGAUUCAGAAGUCAUUCUCCAUCCCAGUGCCCACCCUCUCUCAGGAGCAGCAGGAAAUGGUGCAGGUUUUCUCCACCCAGUCUGGCAUGAAACCACAGUGGUCUCAGAAGUGCCUUCAGGACAAUGAGUGGAACUACACCAGAGCUGCUCAGGUCUUCACUAUGCUCAAGAUCGAGGGCAAGAUCCCAGAGGAGGCCUUCAAACAAAUCCCUUAA